GACCAAAGUAUUCCAAAUAAUACAGGAAGUAGAAUUUUUUGACAGCUGGCGGUGUCGGUUUUGAUAAGAAUGGCAGGUAACGGCGGGUUUCAAGCUUCGGGAGGUUACAAUGACAGGCCUCCGUCUUCUACUGGCAGCGGCGAACCAGAUGUGGGUGUUGAUCCUGCAAGCAGCAGUUUCUUUAACAACGAGUUUAAACGCCAUGAAGAUCUGAAGAUAAUGCUGGAUAGUAACAAAGAUUCACAGAAACUUGAUGCUAUGAAGAGAAUUAUUGGAAUGGUGGCCAAAGGCAAGGAUGCCUCAGACUUAUUCCCUGCAGUGGUGAAGAACGUAGUCUGUAAAAAUCUAGAGGUGAAGAAGCUCGUGUAUGUCUACCUGACGAGGUACGCCGAGGAACAGCAAGAUCUUGCCCUCCUAUCUAUCAGUACAUUCCAAAGAGCUCUCAAGGAUCCAAACCAGUUGAUAAGAGCAAGUGCCCUGCGUGUAUUGUCUAGUAUAAGAGUACAAAUGAUCGCCCCAAUUAUGAUGUUGUCAAUUAAAGAAGCUGUGAUGGACAUGUCCCCAUAUGUCAGGAAAACUGCGGCUCAUGGUAUCCCUAAACUAUACAGCAUUGAUCCAGAGUUAAAAGAUCAGCUCAUUGAAGUGAUUGAGAAGCUUCUGGCAGAUAAAACUACUCUGGUUGCCGGCAGUGCGAUACAAGCAUUUGAGGAAGUGUGUCCGGAGCGCACCGACCUUAUACAUAAGAACUAUCGUAAGUUGUGUAACCUGCUGGUUGAUGUGGAGGAAUGGGGACAAGUAGUCAUCAUCAACAUGUUGACCCGUUACGUCAGGUCACAGUUCAUUAACCCCAAUGAUGAUAAUGUUGGGGAUGAGGUGGACAAACCAUUUUACGAGUCAGAGAAGGACAGUAAUGAAGAUGAUGAUGAUGAUGAUGACGAUGAUGAUAAGGCCAAGGCUAAAACAAAACCUAGACAAUAUAUCAUGGACUCUGAUCAUAGGCUUAUUCUUAGACAGUGUAAACCGUUGUUGAACAGCAGGAAUGCUGCAGUUGUGAUGGCCGUAGCUCAGUUGUACCAUCAUUGUGCACCAAGGUCGGAGGUUUCCACAGUUGCAAGGUCUCUCAUUCGACUCCUCAGAUCUCACACAGAAGUACAGUAUGUGGUGUUAAGUAACAUAGCAACGAUGUCGUUGAAACAGAAGGGCAUGUUUGAGCCGUUCUUGAAGAGUUUUUACGUGAGAUCUAAUGACGCCACCCAUAUCAAACUUCUGAAGUUGGAAAUCUUGACAACUUUAGCCACUGAGACAAACAUUGCUACAAUACUUAGAGAACUACAGGUACUACAAUUUAUCCUGCUACUGUCUAUAGAAAAAAAGGCCCAAACAUUCAUUCAAGAGGAGGAUAUUGUAAAGUUACAGAUUCUCAACCUUGGCGCUAAGUUGAUGAUCACCAACAGUAAACAGACCAAGCUUCUGUGUCAGUACGUGUUUAAUCUGGCUAAAUACGACCAGAAUUACGACAUCAGGGACCGAUCUAGGUUCCUCCGUGCUCUCGUUCUACCGAUUGGAGAGAAAGGACAACUUGCUAAACAUGCCAAGAAAAUCUUCCUGUCCACUAAACCUGCACCAGUUCUAGAGUCAAAGUUUAAAGCGACGAAAGAGUCCGACAGUGAUGACGAGAAGAGCGAGGACUCCGACGAGGAUUCUGACUCUAGCGACGAUACUGAUAUAGAGAAAUAUAAACCAAAGAAAGAGGUUAAAGUGGAGAAGAAGAAACCACCAGCACCGGUGGAGACGGAAAGUGACGGGGACACGUCGGAGGAAGACGACAGUAGUGAUGAUGAAGAAAGUAGUUCCGAGAGCGAAGUGGAGGUUAAAAAGAAAAAGACACCGGAGAAAAAGCCGCAAUCAAAGAAAACAAACAAAGCAUCACAAGAUCUUGACCUACUGUUGGACUUCGGCAAUGAUGCACCAUCAGGAGGUGCUGCAGGGGGAACAGCAGCUGGAGGCCCCACCAUGGGGGCCGGAGAUUUACUAACACCCCUUAGUGCCCUUGACAUUGAUAAUACAACACCUACCAGCAAUACUUCAGCAUCAUCUAGUCAAAUGUUUGCCCCUAUACAAGUUGAGAGUAAGCCACGUGAGCUACUGAACAAGAUGGCCGGAGAUGGUCUCAGUGUCACAUAUAAAUUUACAAGAACUAUAUCAAUAUUUUCUCCUAAAAUGGUCUCUAUAGAACUGUCCUUUACCAACAAUAGUGACAAAACUUUGUCCGGGAUUAAAGUAGGACAAAAAAAAAUUCAGACUGGUAUGGAAAUACAAGACUUCCCAGAAAUUGCUGUAUUGGCACCGAAGAAUUCCACCACAGUUUUAAUGGCAAUAAACUUUAAUGAUACCACACAACCAGCCGGGUUUGAAAUCUGUACAGAAGAGAGGAAACACAACGUCACUAUAUCAGCUCCUGUAGGUGAAAUAUUACAACCUUAUAACAUACACGAGAAGGAAUUCGUUAAAGAACAGGGGAAAUUGUCAGGCAUGAAUGAGAAUACAGCAAAUUUAAAGAUGAACGAGGAUAAGACAGAUAUGAAAUCUGUUGUUACUGCUGUAUAUAGAGUAGCAAAUGUUGUACAGGUACCUAGCACAGAAGAUGGUACGUACAGAUUUGCUUCACAAACUAUGGCUUCCAACAUUCCAGCUUUAAUUACAGUCAGUGUUACAGAUACGGGGACGGGCAAACUAACGGUAAACUGCGAGAAAAUGGUGAUAGGAACAAUGUUAAUGAAGGACGUGAAAAGUUCACUAGAAAGUUGAUUAAAUAAAGAUUUUAUAUAAGCAGAUGAUGUUUAUGGAUAUUUGACUUGAUUGAGUGAAAAUCAUUGGCACAUAAAUCUUAAAUUUUACAUAUAAUUUUAAUGUUUAGUCAUGGUCAUAAAUAUCAUCUACAUGUAAUUACUGCUUUUUACAUGCAAUGUCAUAAAAGUUAUUGACAUGAAUAUAAGUAAACAUGUGUAAUGUUAAUAAUGUCAUUUACAUGUUAUUUACAUGAAUACUGUUUACAUAUAAUGUCAUAAAAGUCACUGACAUGAAUAUAAGAUGUUAUUAGUUAUUUACAUUAAUUCUUUAUUACAUGUAAUGUCAUAAAUGAACAUGAACAUAAAUACUAUUUAAAUGUUAUGUCAUAAAAGUCAUUUACUUGAAUACAAUUUACAUGUAAUCUUUUAAAA